GCCAAACACCACGAGAGACGAGACCAGGAGGACGGAGCAGAUCUCCAGCAUGAGGGACUGGCGGACGCUUCAGAUCCAGACCUCAGCUGAGAUUCCAGAGAGUCUGAGAGUCUGAUGAUCAACGCUGGAGAGAGCGGAGAGGGGAAGACUGCUGGAGAGAGCGGAGGGAUAAGCGCAGCACAGUCCACCAGCGAGCGCAGAUAAACAUGGACCCGGAGCAGCCGGAGCGCGACUGGCAGCAGCUGGAGCCGAGCUAUGGGCUGAAGGUGUUCCUGACGGUGCUGUACUGCCUGAUCCUCAGCCUGGGCGUCCUGGGCAACAGCGCUACCAUCCACGUGGCUCAGGUACUGCAGCGGAACGGGUACCUGCAGAGGAGCGUGGCAGAGCACAUGGUGAGCCUGGCCUGCUCCGACCUGCUGGUGCUGCUGAUCGGGCUACCGGUGGAGCUCUACAGUGCCAUCUGGUUCCCAUUCUUAUCUCGCUCAGGUGACGCCGCCUGCCGCAUAUACAACUUCCUGUUCGAGCUGUGCAGCUACGCCACCAUUCUGAACGUGGCCACGCUGAGCCUGGAGCGCUACCUGGCCAUCUGCCACCCGUUCCGCUAUCGAGCGCUGCGCGGCGGCCGAACACGGAGGCUCCUGCUGGCGGCCUGGCUCUGCUCUGCCCUGGUGGCACUGCCCCUGCUGGUGGCCACCGGGACUGAAGGAUACGUGCCCGCGGGCCGCCAGACCCCCGUACAGAACCUGACCUUCUGCACCAGCCUGAGCCAGCACUGGGUGAUGUACCGCACCAGCAUCUUCACCGCUUUCGUCCUCUACCUGCUGGUGCUGGCCGGCGUGGCCUUCAUGUGCCGGGCCAUGAUCCUGGUCCUGCGGGCGCCCAUGGGCCCUGCUGAAGCCGGCGCUAGCGGAGAUCACAAACACCAGAGCGCUCGCGGCAAAGCCUCCCGCAAACAGACCAUCCUGUUCUUGGUGCUGAUCGUCUGUGCUCUGUUCGUCUGCUGGAUGCCGAAUCAGAUCCGCAGGCUGAUGACGGCCGCAGUGCCCAAGUCCUCGUGGACCGGCAGCUACCUGACCAGCUACAUCAAACUUCACCCGGUGGCCGACAGCUUCUUCUACCUGAGCUCGGUGCUGAACCCGAUGCUGUAUAACCUGUCCUCACGCCAGUUCCGCUCCGCCUUCCUGCAAACGCUGCUGUGCCGCCUGUCCCUCCAGCACGCUAACAGGAGAACGCUGGAAAACAGUGGAGCCUCCAAGAGCUCCAAUAACACCUUACGGCCCCUGCUGCAGCGCUCUCUCAACCGCAUACGCAUGGCCACCAGUAGCAGAUCCACACCGCCAUCAUCUGCAGAGAGAAGAGACUCUCUGAACACCACGGACCGGCCUCAGGGUGAAGGAAAGCUGACCCUUGACCCUCAGAACACCACAAACUGGCCCCAGGGUGAAGGAGAGCUGACAUCUGACUCUCAGGAGAAGGAGAGAAACCAGCUGACACACUGCCCACUGCCUGAUGAACAAACCAGCUGAAGACCACAGGAAAACACAACAGGACCAACAUAGGCCAGGAUUGCAGAACACUGUAGACCACUGGGGAAAACUGUAGACCACUGGGGAACACUGUAGACCACUGGGGAACACUGUAGACCACUGGGAAACACUGUAGACCACUGGGGAACACUGUAGACCACUGGGGAACACUAUAAACAAGCACUAUAGACCACUGGGGAACACUGUAGACCACUGGGGAACACUAUAGACCACUGGGAAACACUGUAGACCACUGGGAAACACUGUAGACCACUGGGGAACACUGUAGACCACUGGGGAACACUAUAAACAAGCACUAUAGACCAUUGGGGAACACUGUAGACCACUGGGAAACACUGUAGACCACUGGGAAACACUAUAAACAAGCACUAUAGACCACUGGGGAACACUGUAGACCACUGGGGAACACUAUAGACCACUGGGAAACACUAUAGACCACUGGGAAACACUGUAGACCACUGGGAAACACUGUAGACCACUGGGGAACACUGUAGACCACUGGGGAACACUAUAAACAAGCACUAUAGACCAUUGGGGAACACUGUAGACCACUGGGAAACACUGUAGACCACUGGGGAACACUGUAGACCACUGGGGAACACUAUAAACAAGCACUAUAGACCACUGGGAAACACUAUAGACCACUGGGGAACACUGUAGACCACUGGGGAACACUGUAGACCACUGGGAAACACUGUAGACCACUGGGGAACACUGUAGACCACUGGGGAACACUAUAAACAAGCACUAUAGACCACUGGGGAACACUGUAGACCACUGGGAAACACUGUAGACCACUGGGGAACACUAUAAACAAGCACUAUAGACCACUGGGGAACACUGUAGACCACUGGGGAACACUAUAGACCACUGGGAAACACUAUAGACCACUGGGGAACACUGUAGACCACUGGGGAACACUGUAGACCACUGGGAAACACUGAUUAGGAUGAAGUUUCUGUUUAUCAGUAGAGCUGGACUGACCGCUGCUGGCCAGCUAAACCAAUCAAACACCCCAGAAUGAGCAAAUGCAGUAAUGGAGGGCCAGAGGUGUGUGUGUGCUCUCAGAGUUAUGAGGACGCCCUCUACUGGUCAACCGAGGACUCUAUAACCGUAUAGGUGUGUGUUCUCCGUGUGUGUGUGUGUGUGUGUGUGUGUGUGUGUGCAGUGGUCAGCACAUGUUUUCUGCACAUCACGAGUGUUUAAAGUGAAUGAACAUCACUGAUGGUCAAUUCAAUAAAGUAUUUCUCAGAAUAAA